AUGGGCCCAGUGUCUGUGACUCUGGCCAGUGCACUGUAGGCCAGGGGUGAAGCUCUGUCAGAGGAGGAAAUCUGGUCCCUCUUGUCCCUGGCUGCUCAGCAGCUCCUGGAAGACCUCUGUGAGGGCUCCUUGGACUAUGUGGUCUGCCCCUGGUCAAUCUUGCUGUCUGUGUUUGGAAGUCUUUCUUUCCAAGGCCGUACUUUCAAGGCCCUUGAACUGCUACAACAACAGAGCAACAACGAACAGCCUGAUGCAUCUCAGAUGCACAUCUAUUCUUUAGGAAUGACCCUCUACUGGUCAGCAGGGUUUCACAUUCCACCAAAUCAGCCCCUGCCUCUCCGGGAGCCCCUGCACUCUCUCCUGCUGACCAUGUGUGAAGAGCAGCCCGGCAGGCGGCUGCCGCUGCUGUCGGUUCUGGAAGCCUGCUGGGUUCAUCGGGAAGAAGGGGCUGCACACCCAGCCUCUGCCAGUGUCCACCUCAGACGGCUGGUUGGCUUGGUUCUAGGCACCAUCUCCAAGGUGGAGAGGAGAGUUGUGGAAGAAAUCUCCUCUGUGCAGCAGGACAGGAGCUACCUGUUCAGGAAUAGGCUACACCAGACGAGCUGUGAGAGUCCAACAGCACGGACCUCAGAGGGUCUGCAUCCCUUCAGAGUUUCAGAGAGAAGCAUAGAGAUCCAGAUUUCUCUGGAGCCCAGUCCAAGCACCUCAGCACAUGGGCACUGCAACCUCCCUGUUAACAGUGUUCUUCCAGCUGAAGCUCCCCAGGACCUUCAGGAGUGCAGGCAGCCCAGCUCCAGAUCCACUGUCUCUGUGGCAGCUCAUAGCUCAUGGCCAGAAACUCCUUCUCAAAAGGAUUUCCUGCAAAGAAAAGGAAAGCAUGCCGCAGUGCUGGAGGAGGGCAUCCUGAACCCCGAAACAACGGUGGUGGCCAUCUUUCCGUCUCCCAUGAUGUAUGCGGGGCCAACUGAGGUCCAGUGGCAUUGCAGAGCACGCAUGGUCGCAGGAGCCAACUUUUACAUUGUUGGACGAGACCCCGCUGGCGUGCCGCACCCAGAAACAGGGAAGGAUCUCUAUGAGCCGACUCAUGGCGCCAAAGUGCUGACCAUGGCCCCUGGCCUGAUCACUUUGGAAAUAGUUCCCUUUCGAGUCGCAGCGUACAACACAAAAAAGAAGCGUAUGGACUACUAUGACUCUGAACACCAUGAAGACUUUGAAUUUAUAUCAGGAACACGAAUGCGCAAACUCGCUCGAGAUGGCCAGAAGCCUCCCGACGACCCAGAUACCCUGCUGGCUAGUGAGGCCCCGAUGACUUUGCAUCUGCCUGGAUCAAUUGUGACCAAAAAAUGGAAAUCCUGUUUGACUCUCAGGGACCUCUGUGUGGUACUUCUGAAUGGACAGUGUCUGGAGGUGAAAUGUGACAUCACGUCCGCAGUAGGGGCCGUCUUCAAUGCCGUCAUGUCCUUCACCAACUUCGGGGAGCUCACCUACUUUGGUUUGACUUACAUGAAAGGCAAAGAGUUCUUUUUCCUGGACAAUGAAACCAGGUUGUGCAAAAUAGCCCCUGAAGGCUGGAGUAAGCAACCACAGAAGACCUCCUGGAUAGCCUUCACACUCUUCCUGAGGAUCAAGUUCUUUGUCAGUCACUAUUGACUGCUCCAGCAGAGCUGGACAAGACAUCAAUUUUACCUGCAGCUUCAGAAAAACAUCCUGGAGGAGAAGCUGUACUGCAAUGAUGAGACGCUGCUGCAGCUGGGGGUCAUUGCUCUGCAGGCUGAGUUUGGCAGUUACCCUGAGGAGCAGGUAGAAACUAACGCUUAUUUCCACAUUGAAGAUUACAUCCCAGCAAGUCUGAUUGAGAAGAUGACUUCUCCCAGGGUUCAGUCCCAAGUCUCAGAGAUGCACUGUCUCAGUCCUGUGCCCUGGGGAGAGGAAGCCGAACUGGAGUUCUUGAAGGUCACUCAGCAGCUCCCUGAAUAUGGUGUGCUGGUUCACCAAGUUCUCCCAGAGAAGACGAGUCUUGAAGGGAAAAUGGCCUUGGGGAUCUGUGCCAAAGGUCUCAUGAUAUAUGAAGUGAAAAACAACAGCAGGAUUGCAGCUUUAAGAUUUCAGUGGAGAGAAAUUGGGAAGAUUUCAACUUAUCGAAAGAAGUUUGCCAUCACAAGCAUUACUGGGAAAAAACACACAUUUGUCACUGAUUCGGUCAAGACCUGCAAAUAUUUACUGGGCCUCUGCUCUGCCCAGCAUAGUUUUAAUGCUCAAAUGAACACUCCCCAAGUUGCAACUGUUUUAUUUGACUAUGAUAAGUGUGUGCAAAUGGCCAAUUUGAGUCUUGCACACCCGGCCCGGUCCAAGCCUCUCACUUGGAUUCAGACAUUGUCAUGCUCAGAAAGUGUGCUGUUGUCACCCAGGCUGGAGGACCCUACAGGAAGACUGCUGUGCGCAUCACUGGGCAGAGUCACCGUGGACACCUGCGGGGAGACAGGAGCACUAGAAAUUGGAAGCAGCCCCAGCACUGGCGAGGAGCAACAAAAGAGCAUCUCUUUGAUCCAGAAGCCAACAACUUGUGACCCCCUCUCUGGGCUGCCUGUUCAGAGUGUGUGCACAGGGUCACAAAAUAAUAGAACGAGUUUCACAGCUGGACUGGAUCAAGAAAUCAUGCAUGUGAAACUGAGCCAGGAUCCACGUCUUGAUUUUGGUUUUGUCAUUAAUGAGGGAGAAUAUGUAGGCAAAGUUGACCCUGGAAUCUUUAUAGCCUCAAUUAUACCUGGGGGACCAGCUGAAAAGGCUAAAAAGAUCAAACCAGGAGGGCAGAUACUAGCAUUGAAUCACAUCAGUCUGGAGGGCUUCACAUUCAACAUGGCUGUUAGAAUGAUUCAGAAUUCUCCUGACAACAUAGAAUUAAUCACUUCUCAGUCAAAAUGUGUUGGUGGAAAUACCUUGAGUGAGGAGAAGAAUAGCACAGCCAAUUCUGAGGUCUUCUCUACAGACAGCCUGAGCAGUGGGCAUCAGGGAAGAUUUUCACCACAGAUGCAAGACAAAGAGAGAAAUAUUGAAGAACUAGAAAUGGUUGGAACUCAGAGUUUAUUGUUCAAGUGGGGACCUCAGCUAUGUGCUCUCCCAUUAAAUGGCUCUGGUUCUUCUCCAUCACUUUCAGAAAUCAAUGUCAGUAGAAUCUACUUUGUGGAACUGGUUAAAGAAGAUGGGACACUUGGAUUCAGCAUAACUGGCGGCAUUAACACAGGUGUGCCCUAUGGAGGGAUAUAUGUGAAAUCCAUCAUUCCUGGAGGACCAGCUGCCAAGGAAGGGCAGAUCCUUCAGGGUGAUAGGCUCCUGCAGGUCGAUGGAAUAAGUCUGAGUGGCCUCACCCACAAGCAGGUUGUGCUGUGCCUCAAAGCCUCUGGGCAGGUUGCAAGACUGGUCUUAGAGAGAAGCGGCCCCAGGAUUGCACAGCCAUGUCCUUCUGUUAACAGGAUGGGAGUUGACUGCAUGGCUGUUUCCUUGGCAACAGCCUUGCCUGGAAGACCUGCAAGCUGUGUCUCAGUGACAGAUGGUCCGCAGUUUGAAGUCAAAUUGAAAAAGAAUGCCAGUGGUUUGGGAUUCAGUUUUGUGCAGAUGAAGAGAGAGAGCAGCAGCCACUUCAAAAAUGAUCUUGUGAGGAUUAAGUGGCUCUUCCCAGGACAGCCAGCUGAGGAGAAUGGAGUCAUUGCAGCUGGUGACAUUGCAGCUGUGAAUGGAAAACCCACAGAAGGCCUUGUCUUCCAGGAGGUGCUCCAUUUACUGUGAAGGGCCUCACAGGAAGUCACACUCCUACUUUGCUGACCCCACCCAGGUGUCUUGCCUGAGAUGGACCAGAGAUGGCAAACACCUAUUUCAGACAAAGAAUUUACCAAGACAACAUGUACUGACUUAGAGCAGAGCACCAGCCUGGAUCAAGAAGACAGCCAGAGGGACAGGGCCUCCCCAGAAGCAGGGGAAGGCCUGGGUCUCAGGCCAGAGUUCUUCCAACAGGCCAUCAGAGAGGCACAGUGGGACCGAGACAUAAGGAGACCCUGGGCCACUUCCCUGAUGCGUCCUGGGGAUUCCCACCCUCAUUUAUGCAGACUGCAAGAGGAAGCAGGUGCUGAGGCAUUGCCUACCUCUUUGGAAAAUGAUAUGAGACAAAAUUGUUAUUCAAUUUGUGAUGUUAGAAGACUUGUUUGGUAA